GACUGUUUCAUCUUUUUUUUCAGACCGGCCCAGUCCGACUCUUCGUCCCGUACAAGAGACGGAAAAAGGACACAGAGCCGCCCAUGAGUCCUCCCAAAAAAGAACUUCCUGUCUCUAAAAGCAUCACGCUGCCUCCUGGAACCACCUUCACUGUCUCUCCGUCAGGACAGUUCUCCAACCCCGGCACUCUGACCUUUGACCGCAGCCCGGCCACCGAUGCCACCGCAGCCGCCGCCGCUGCCAUCAUGUCUGACGGCUCGGCGCAGAGCGAAGUUUUCGCCAGCACGGCAGGUAGAGUCCACCACUGACAUCAUUUAUCAUGUGUCACCGUCACUGACCCAGACCACU